AUGUCUCCCGUCAAUCAACCGUUCAGAAUGUUCAAGAUUAUCUCCAUCGUGGCGACGACCUUCUGUCUCAACAAUUCAAGGAAUUAUGAGCACAGAAUCGAGAGAUCUUUGACUUCCUACACGGUCAAUAUGAUCGACCCUAUGCAGAACAUCAUCAAGGACGUUUCCGAUUCGAGGACGAAUCGUUUCAAGGAUGGAGAGAAUGAUGAAGAUAGAAUUUGGAUUUGGGGGUUGGAUGUUAUUCCUAAAGUGAAGCUCUUUUUAUGGCGUUGUCUGGUUAAUGCCCUGCCAACUUCUGAGGGUUUGCGUCGUUGUUCGAUCGACGUCGAUCCUAUAUGUCGAAGGUGUGGUGAAGCGAUCGAAACGGGAGAGCAUGCAUUAAGAGAUUGCAAUUGGGUUGCUUUUCUUUGGGAGGUGUCGCCUCUUAAGCUGAAAACGGUGGAUGCGCAGAAUUCUUCCAAUCUUUCCCACUGGAUCGACGAGUUCAGGAAGAACAACCAUAGAGAGAGUCAUACUAUUUUUGCUAUUGUACUAUGGACCAUUUGGUACUCCAGAAAUCAGUUGCUCUUCAAUGAAAAGGAGUUUUCCCAUGUUGACUGUCUUCGGAUCGCCUCACGUGCAGUUUGGACGAAACCGGUGAGCUCUCAGCCCCCUCAGUCGAUGCCUAUCGCGAGUGUGUGCUGCCGACAGGGACAAGUUUUGCUUUGGUGUGGUGCGGCGCUUAAUGAGCAGGAGGGUUUGGAUUUUGGAGUUAUCAUGAAGGAUGCAGAUGGCUGUUUGUUAGGAAACAGGUUUGGCUUCAUCCCGGGCGUCUUCACGGCGAUUGAAGCGGAGGCUAAGGCGGUCUUUGAGGGUCUCCGUCUAUGUGAGGAUCGCCUCAUCCAAGAUACAAUCUUGGUUAUGGAUUGCCAACUUUUGUACUGGAAGCUGAAGAAGAACAUCCAAGAUAAUUCAUACUUGGGCCAAACUUUGAAUGAUAUUCGACUCAAGGUAGCUGCUCUCCAUCACUAUGUGUAUGGUUGGACACCGCGAGAAGGGAAUAACAUAGCCGAUAGAUUAGCAAAGUUUGCUCUCUGUAAUCGUUCUCAACCCCAAUUUGAUGAGGAUUGUCCUGUUUAA